AGAGAUGAAAAAAUGUAACUGUCACACAGCAUGACAGAACGUUAUGUCAAUUCUGGUGAUAGCAUUCAUUUAACCCAUUCGCUGUUCCAAUUAAUUUAAUAAUAAGAAAAUUAAAAAACAAUAUAAAAUGGGUUCAUCAGUGCAUAAGAUUAUUGUUAUAGUAGGGUUCAUUUCUUUGUUCCACUCAGCGUUUUCAGCAGCCCAACACCGAUCAUACCUUCGUAUAACAUCACAGGAGUUUACCACAUUACCUUUGGAUAUCGUAGUGCAAGCUGUCGUUAGUUUAUUCGCCGUGAUGUGGGGCGUACUGAACGUCGCGGGAAAUCUACGAGAGAUACCAGCUGCAGCUGAACUCAAUCAAAUAAAAUGGGAGACUCAACAGAAUCUGCCAUCUUUCUAUAUCUUCAAUCAUCGAGGAAAAGCUUUGGCAGACAAUUAUAUACCAAGUGGUUCUGGUGGAGGAAAGUCUGAAUUAGAAAAUGUAGAAUAGAAUAGUUUAAGGAGUAAUUAUUUAUUUUGAGCAGUAUCUUGCAGUUAUAUACAAAGAUUUAUGUUAUAAAAAGAUGUACAGAUGAUACUACUAACAGGAUAUAUAAAAUUUAACAAACUAGUACUGUGCAACUUAUAUUAUGCAGUCACUAUUCAAAUCAAUUCAGACAAUCUGUUAAUAGACUCAAAAAGAUAGAUUGAUUUUCACAGUACAAGACUAUUUCAAUGAAUCUGUAACAUCUUUUCAAAAAGUUAACCUUUUUUUUUCUUUUGGUCAGGUGCAAGACUUCUUGUCUUUUCAGGCAAACAUAACUUUGUUAUCUUGACUAGUAUUGUUAUUAUUUAUUUAACUAAAUAGUUCGGGAUUAAAUAAAACAAUUUACAUCUUAAAA